GCCGAAUCUGCGGACAGCAGCUGCACACGCACAGCCCCGCGGAGCAGAUUCUGGCCCCACCGCGGGGCCGUAGGGCCCCUGGGAGAAGCAGCUGGGUCAUUGCACUGACUGAGCGCUUCCAAGUGAAAUCGGCCUUAAUGGGAUGAAAACACCCUGACUUGAUGUCAAAAAGUCCAAGGUUUGACUUUUAGCUCUGCUGGUUUUACUGUGAUCUUGGCCCGAGUUCACAAUGACAACAAUAACAGUGACCACAGAAGUUCCCCCAAAGGGCAAGAUGGACAAUCUUUCUGCCUCGUAUGAAUCUACGUCAGCUCACAUUAUUGAAGAGACUGAAUAUGUGAAAAAGAUUCGAACUACUUUGGAAAAGAUCAGAAAUCAAAUGUUUAAAGAUGAAGUAGGACCUAACAGUACAAAUCACAAACUGGAGGCGAAGGUUUGUCUGUUUCAGCCUUGUGGAAACUUUCAAAAUAGCCCCGACUCUGAAGUAGACCCCUCUUGCUGCAGUUUGGAUUUGCUCAUGGAAAAACUGAGAGGAAAGGACCUGCAGCUCUUAGAAGUGAACAAACAGAAUGAAGUAUUGAAAAUCAAGCUGGAAGCCUCCAGAGAAGCAGGAGCAGCAGCUCUGAGAAAUGUGGCCCAGAAAUUAUUUGAAAACUACCAAACACAGUCUGAAGACGUGAGAAAGAAGCAUGAAGACAGUAAACACUUGCUCCAGGUUAAGAAGCUUGAAAAAGAACAGAAAUUGAAACAACAUGUCGAAAAUCUAAAUCAAGUCACUGACAAACUUGAAGAAAAACAAAGUCAGAUUACAGAAUUGGAGAACCUUCUAGAAAGAAUGGAACAGGAAAAGAGAACACUGCUUGAAAGAAAACUGUCUUUGGAAACCAAGCUGCUGCAACUCGAAUCCAACACUGCUUAUGCUAAAAGUUGCCAGGAUCUUCAAACAGAGAUUUCCAUCCUCCAGGAGCAGAUCUCUCAUUUGCAGUUUGUGAUUCACUCCCAGCAUCAGAACCUGCGCAGCGUCAUCCUGGAGAUGGAAGGAUUAAAAAAUAAUUUAAAAGAACAAGAUAAAAGAAUAGAAAAUCUCAAAGAAAAAGUCAACAUCCUUGAAGCUCAGAAUAAAGAACUAAAAACCAAGGUGGCGCUUUGGUCUGAAAUUCCUCGGACAAAAGCAUCUAAGGCUGUCUCUACCAGCGAAAUGAAGACUGAAGGUACUUCCCCUUAUGUGAUGUUGAUUAGACUACGGAAAUGAACUGUCUGGAUGAAGAUCCAAUUGAGGAGGACAAUGUGGAGCUUAUUUUUUUCCUCAACACAGUGUCUAAACUUUCCUGUUAAAAUAGCACAAUGAAAGUAUUUAAAUGGGAUUUAUUAUAUAUCAGUCACUUUGCUGGAAGAUGAUACUCCAGAAAAUCAUGCAAAUAUGUACUUGAGGGAGGAACCCUUUCUUCAAAACUUGGUAAAUAGAUGAAGAGACCAGGUGCUUUCCCGGAUGGAAGAUGAAUUCUGUUUUAAACCUGAAAAAAAGAGAGAGAGAGAGAGAGAGAAAUCUGAAUCUUGUUUCCAGAUUUUUGCUAAAGGAACUCUUGAAAACAUUUUUGACCUUUGGAUAGUGGUUUUUGUGUGUAUAAGCAGAGUGUAUAGAUGUAUGAAUAAAUGAAGUAUUUUAAAGUUGAUUUAGCUAAUAAGAAAUAUCUUACUAUGAUAUACGUUUAUCUUCUUAUCUAUUGUUAAAGAGUUGUUUCCUACUGAAUUAUGCAUAAAGGAAGGAGUAGAUUCUUCUGAGCUAAUUUCAUAACCCAUCCUGCCCUCAAAAGUUGAGAAUCAUGGCUGCGCCCAUAUAAGCAUACUGAUGCUCAGGAAAGGGCAAUACACUUCAAUGAAACGAUUAAGGAGAGACUCAGUCACCCCAAAGGAGAAUUCUCUUUAGGACCUUAGUCAUCCACUGUGUAUAACUCUCAACGUUUUUUCAGGAAAAUGCUUCCAACCUUUCAAUACAGAAUGCAAAAUAUCAGUAUUAUUUAUUAAAUAUUUAAAGUGAAAUGAGGUAUUCAUAAAUUCAUCCAAGUAAUGUAAUUCUCAAAUGUUGCAUUACUGUCUGCAUGAGUUUCAUGCUUCAUGGUGUUCUUGCAAACAUUUUCACUUCUUGCUAGUUUUUAAGGUAAUUGUCUAAUAAAUAUACAUCGUAGUUCUCCUAUGCACAAUUCUAAAUACUUUACCUGUAUUGAUCUUCCCCCAGACCCUCAGAAGCACGUCAGGUCAUUAUCCCUAGUUACAGAAGAGAUAUUGAAAGUGGUUAUGUAAUUUCCUGACUGCUAACUGUGGAUAAGGAUUUGAACCUUCUGGCUUGGCUGUUGAUAUUCAUUCUGCCUUCUCACUCGGUGGUCCGAGACAGUUCCCAGUGAUAGAAAGAACCCUCUUCUUGCUAUAUAACAAACAUGCAACUUUCUUGAGGGCUGUCGGCAUUAUCCUGUGGAUGAUGGUCAGAAACAACAUUUACUGAGACAAUCAGCAUUUCCUGUAGUGAGUUGGCCUUUCACCUGUUAGACUAACAUCAAAAGAAUUUAGAUAGACAAACUUUUCUGGUAAGAAUCUGCUUAUUUACGCUUAUUACUCAUGAUUUUAUGCAGUGUUUUGAGGGUACACAGAGAAUCCACCUUUCCCUGGAGUUCACUUAGAUGAACUUUUUUACCUCAAGCAUUAUGUUAGAUUUUAAUAACUUUUAGAUUUUAGCAUGAACUCAUUUAAGUGACCUAACAAGCUUCAUAAUUUCUAUUAGAACAAUGCAUUCUAAAGUCAAAAAUGGAAAAUCCCUCAUGUGCUUUAUUUUGACUUCACCAUACGCAUUUUUGAACAUUGAAAUACAGUUGGAUGCAGUACAGAUGCGACCUGCUCAGGAGGUGUCCAGGUUCACUUUGGAAUGGGCUUUGCAUUUCCUGAGAAUAACAAUAAGCAAUUUCAGAAACCUCAAAUGAUCCCAACACGUCAAAAACAAAGUUAUCUUUAUCGUAGCAUCAGCUUUAUCAUUCAUUUGUUAUAUAAAGGUUAUUUCUCAUACCCUUGUGGAUUUAGAUUUUAUUAUUCAAAAUGUUUUUUACAUAACAUUUAAAAACAGUUUGAAAUGUUUCUUAAAUAGACAUUUCUGAACAAUGAAUAUUACAAUGGGAAAUGAAAUUUAUUAGUUUUAAAGAGUACUACACAGAAAAUACAGCAAAAGAAAUACAAGUUCAGUUGUAUUUUAAAUAACUGUACUUCUAAAUACAUUAAGUAAUAAAACAAAAGAGAAUCUGAGAUGGGCUUAAAGUUCAUGCUUCAUAAAGUUGGGAACUUAGUUUUACUUUGAUUGCAUAUGUUGUUGCAAAUCAUUGCUAAGAAAUGUGUAGAUUUAAAAAAUUUUUAUAAAAUAUGUUGAUUAAAUAAUUGGCAUAGCGUAUCCUUUGAACAAUUGCUUAUGUGCCUUAUGAUAAAACAAACCAAUUAGAUAUAAUGUAAAUUUUGUUAUUUUACAUUAAAAUUUUUAUGCAUUAAUAUCUUUAUUUCAUCAUAACAAAAUAAUCCACAAGAAAUGGAUUGUUUUUGUCAGUAAUUGGAUAUUUAAAUAGAUUUCCUGAAAUUUAUCUGCUCACUUCCCUGGAUCCAAAUUAACAGCAAAAAGAAAUAAUUGUUUGUAUUAUAAAUUUUAAAACAUAGUAAUAAGAAGCAUACACAUACGCAUUCUCAAAUUCUUUCACUUUGAAACUCCCUGCCUUUCCUCUGACCUGCAAAUAAAUACAGAUCCCUUAUCAAUGUCACUGGAGGUUACCUGCAGCCACCCAGAACUGGUAAGUCCUUAUAAUUCUUUUCAUUCCAUGCUCCGUCCUUUUCUUCC